AUGAAGGCAAUUGGGUUUUCUAAAUUUAGGUACUUUAUGAGAUCUUAUAUUGAUUAUGCACUUUCUUUGAUUGAUAAUUUCUUUAGGUGGAAUGGAUUUCGAACCAUGGGUCGGGGACAUCAAGGGAAGAUGGGAAAUGCACCAACACGUGCUUAUAUGCAUGAUGCAAAGGCAAUAGCAUCAACACCGGCUAAUGUGAAAGAGUAUACAAACUCUUAUGCAUUCAUCAUUGACAUGCCGGGAUUGAAGUUAGGGGACAUCAAGGGAAGUUAG